AUGAUCCCAGACUCAAAGAACAAUAUGACAACCACUUCAAGUCCAAAUAUCACUUAUGAUCAACCAAUCAGAGACGAGUUAGGCGUAGAUUUUUUGACUAAUCACUCUAAUUAUAAAAGGGAUGUAAAGCCCGAGGCAUUGCCUCUUAAAUCCAUCAUGACAUAUCUGGAAGAAUUUUCUGAUAAAAAUCCUGAUGAGAUCUUUGGAAAAAUCGUCGACGAUAGCAUUGGCACAGUAAUCAAAGUGUGUAAGUACGUCCAUUUUGCCCUAACAGCAAUUGUCAUUCUUCAAAUAGCUGCCAUAAUUAUUGGGCGAUUUUUACUAAAGUCUGAUAAAUGCUUUGCACCAGUUGGCAGUCGGUUUUCCAGAAGUGCAACUUGGCUUUUUAUCAUAUUAAUGAUUGCAUCAAACUGCGUUAUCAUUAUUUGCUUUUGGCAAAAAAACUAUUCAUUGAGUGAAUAUGCUCCCUUAAUGUAUUCUGGAGCAAGCUAUGGUACGUUAUGGUUUUUGGUCACGCUACUCACAGUGCUGGUAUAUGGAAUAGGUGUCUGUGCCUAUAUGAACAAACGUUUUCUUCUGUUUAUAAUGUACUACAUUAUGUAUGGUGCUGUUUAUGGCUUCUUUUAUUGGUUUAUCAACAGCUGGCUUUGCGGGUUUAUUCAUUGGAUUGUUGGUCCGAAUAUGGUUCUUUUUUUAUUUGUUGAAGUUGUAAUUCGAACGCUCUUUGUUAAAAGUGGAUACACGUGCAUGUGCAAGGCCCUUCGAAAAUACCAUAAACUUGUUAAGAAGUAA